AUGAAUCGUCUUUCGGUAUUGCCGCGAGGCUUCGGCUCAUUCAAAUCACUGGAAAUCCUCGAUUUGACGUACAACAAUCUGAAUGAAAGGAAUACUUUGCGAGCUUUGUACCUCGGUGACAAUGAUUUCGAGUUGCUACCAGGGGAUGUGAUGAAUCUGCGUAACCUUCAGAUCCUUGUUUUGCGCGAUAAUGAUCUGUUGGCAAUUCCACGAGAGGUUGGACACCUUACCAACUUGAAAGAGCUACAUGUCCAAGGAAAUCGACUCACUAUUCUACCGCCUGAGUUAGGACAGCUGGAUCUGAUUGGAAACAAGCAAGUGCUAAGGCUCGAACACAACCCAUGGGUCCCAAGUAUCCAGGAGCAAUUUGAUGCAAGAGGUGCUCAAGGCGUAAUGGAUUUUAUUCGCAGCGAUCAGUACAAAUACUUCUAUGGCCGACAG